AUGGCACAUGCGGUCAACCGAAUACCACAAUUAGAAAGUGGAAAUUUCACUAAUUGGCUCUUUCGAAUAGAGAUUGCCAUGGAUGAAAAAGGGUGUGUGGAUGCAAUACGUAAGAAAACGGAUUUAAAAGAUGCAGAUUUAAAGAAAUCGGACGCCAAGGCUCGCAACAUCAUCGUACAAGCACUUUCAGACAAACAUUUGGAAUAUGUAAAAGAAUCUAGAACAGCACAUGAAAUGAUUGAACACUUGAGAAAUGUUUUUGAACGAAAAUCAACAAUUUCGAAUCUUUAUUUAAGGAGGAGUCUAAUUAAUUUAAAAUGUAAAACGCAUGAUAGUGUUGAGGAACACUUUAACAAAUUUGACAAAAUAAUUAGAGAGAUAGAGUUGAACGGCACAAAAAUGACAGAGAAAGAUAAAGUAUGCCAGUUAUUAAUUAGUAUGGAAGGAGCAUACCCAUCCAUAGUGACUGCUCUAGAAACUUCAAACAUGGAACUUAAAAUAGAUUUUGUAAAAAGUAAGUUUUUAGAUGCCAAGCUAAAAGAAAAGCAAAGUUCAGAAAGUAAAGUAAGUAAACAAGAAUAUGUAUUUGAAAGCAACUCUAUAAAAUGUUUUUCAUGUGGUGAGCCGAAUCACACAGCCAGAAAUUGUACAAACAGAGCCAGGACAAGAAAUCCACAAAAGCGAAGUAGAGGAAAUUACAGAGGAUUUAAAAGAAAAGAAAAAAAUAAUAGACCCCGAGCAUAUUUAGGAGAAGAAAACGAUAGUGAAAAAGCUAUAUCAUUCGACAUUCAUUGCUUCUCAAGCUUAUACAGCAGCUACAUAUCAAAA